UGUAUACAUCAAAAACCAAAAUUGCUACGAUCACCAUGGAUCGUCCUUUAGAGACUUGUAGGUUAAUUCCCAAUUUUGAAUUUCUAGCUAACACCCUGAUUCCAUCUAUUAUAAAUUUGCAGACUGAGCUGGCUUAACUUUGAAUGAUGUGCAGUACUUGAUUAAGAGCUUAGUAGCAUGCAUGCUUAAACAUUCUAUCAUGUGCAAUGUGUUUUUAUAAACUUAAGCAAGUUCUGUGUUGUGAAAUCAUUUUGUUAUUUAAAUCUGUUGUAACUUUUAUAAAUGCAUGCAAGUGGCAUAAAAAAGCAUUAAUUAUCCUGGGGAAUCUGUGAAAUAAUAACUUGCCACCUGUUUCUUAAAAGUGGAAAACACAAAAAAAGAUUAGAAGGAGUUUGUAUCAUUAACAUUUAAUUGUAACAUUUUCAUCAGCAGUUAUUAUUAGGUCCCAGAUAUUAUGUUGUGAAAUACAUGUCGAUAUCACCAAUAAAAAAGGCAAACAGACUAAAAUAAUUUUUUUUAAAUAAAAGAAGUGCCUUUCUGGUGGUGUUAUAGAGAAAAUGUAAACUAUUUCCAAAAUUGUAUGUAGGAUGUGAUUGUAGUAUUGCAUAAGGUUGGAUAGAAAGUUUGUGCUGUACUAGGUUUUUAAAGGAUCCUAUGUAGCACAUGUCACUAAUUUUUCCGACAACCAGGCCUAAAAACACAAAGAAUAUUUUCACAGAUACUUGUAGGUUGUCAGGUAAGAACAACUGUAGUUGGAGCUAUUUUUUUGGUAGCCAAAACAAACAUGCUUGUUAUGGUGAAGGCUGUUUUUCAUAUUUAGUUUUAAUUUUUUGAUUAUCUUUGUUCUAUGUUUUAGCUCUAUCACUUUUGUUUUAGUUUGUAAACAAUAAGCACAUUAUGAAGCGUCAGCAAUGCUCAAACUGUAUGUUUUCCAGUUGGUACCAUAAUUUUAAAAAUUGUACAUUUAAAAGUAAAAUUAUUAAACUGACUUCGGACUUUAUUGAUUAUUUAAACAGUGAUGGGAUUAUUUUGCCAGUUGUUGAAGAGACAAGAUACUCAAAUACCUUAGAAGAGUAUUCUGAUGAAGAUGACUGGAACAGUGAUGACAGAGACACUGAUGUGAUUCCAAGCUUUCCUCAACUAAAACUUGAAGUUGAUAAUGCUAUUAAAGAAUUAGGUGGAGCGGUGUUUCCAAAACUCAACUGGAGUUCACCGAAAGAUGCAGCAUGGAUUACUCAUAAUGGUACUCUUAAAUGUUCAUCAUUCAAUGAUAUUUGUCUGUUACUAAAAAGCUCUGAUUUCGUUACUCAUGACUUAACAAGUGCUUACGAUUAUUGUGAAGAUUCAACGGAACCACAUCCUAAAGACCAGUUUGAAUUAGUUUUGCGUGAAUGGUGUGAUGUUAUGCCAGGAAUGGAGUUUCGUUGCUUCGUAAGGCAAAACAAGUUAGUUGGAAUAUCUCAAAGGCAUUAUUCACAAUUCUUUGAUUACUUAGUAAAAAACAAAAAUGUAUAUGUCGAAGAAAUUAUUGAUUUUUAUAAUUCGAAGCUUAAGUGCAAGUUUGCUGAUUUGGAUUACACGUUUGAUGUUUACAAAGGUAAAAACAAUGAUUAUUUCUUGAUUGAUUUUAAUCCAUUUGGACUAAAAACAGACUCACUUUUGUUUUCUUGGAAAGAACUACACAAAACUGAAAUAUCCAGUGUUGACCAAAAGAAUGAUAGCUUUUUUAGAAUCGUUACAAGCAGUAAUGGAAUUCAACCAAGCCCUUACAUUACGUAUGGCAUGCCUAAGGAUGUUGUUGAUUUAUCUAGUGGUGAAGACAUCAAUAAAAUGAUUGAUUUUUUUCGAGUUAAGGAUUUGAUUGCAAAACCUGAUGACAAAGAAUUUGAAAAAUAGUACAAUAUUGUUUAAUGUAAAUAAAAAAUUUCUGGUUUAAAAACGUGUUCUUUAGUCUUUA